GCAGUAUGCGCAGUUCAAGGCCCCGGGCUCCGAGGACAUGCGCAGGGACGGCAUCGCGUCCUACGCCCGCUUCCCGUCUGCCGGCGAAGCUCCGCCGUCCGAGUCGGCCAUGCUGGGAGGCGCGGGCGCAGGUGCCGAACACAAGCUGGAGAUGGACGAGGAGAUGCUCGACCGGGUCGUAGCAGCGCUCGGCCUCGAGGGCGAGGGCGUGCCCUAUCAUAAGUUCCAGCAGCUUCGGAAUCUGGUAAUCGCGGAGAAGACGGCGCUGAGGGAGAGGGAGAAGAAGGAGGAGGAGGAGCGGAGCAGGCGGCAGGCGGAGGAGAAGAGGGAGGCGCUGGAGGCUGCGGCGCUCCCGGCGAAGGAGGCCCUGUCCGAGGC